AGAGUGAUUUUAUUCUAUAAAGUUGUGGUAUUGUAAGUUUUUAUUUUUAAUUUAACGAGAAUUUUAAAAUGGUGUUGUCUCUACCGUUGGUUGGAGGGUUGGUCGUAGUUGCUGCUAUAUUUUAUUAUAUUACGAGAAAAGAAAAUAAGCCGAAAUUAGAAGGGAAAAUUCCUCCAGGCCCAUGGGGACUUCCAUUUAUCGGCAAUAUUUUGCAAAUGGAUUGGAAAUUCCCCUUCAUGUCGUUCGUAAAGUGGGCGGAGGAAUACGGUGACAUUUAUUCGGCAAGGAUGGGAAGUCAGACAGUUUAUGUCAUCUCGGAUUUAAAAAUGGUGAAGGAAAUGUUCUCUCAAGAACCAGCCUUCGCAGGGCGAUUAAAUCCUGCCGAAGGUGUAAAUGAUCUCUACACAAAUGGACAAAUGCAUGGGGUAAUUAAUACGGAAGGGCGACACUGGGAGGACCUCAGAAGAUUCACACUCCGCCAACUGCGAGAUUUUGGUUUUGGCAAGAGCACAAUGGAAGGUCUGAUCAUGGACGAACUUGGAGAAAUUUUGGACUGGAUGAAAUCCAAGGAAGGUCUUCCCGUUCGAGAUGUCAAGCAGCGGAUGGCCGUCGCUGUGGUCAACUCGGUAUGGACGCUGGUCACCGGGAAGCGAUAUAAGCAGGAAGAUCCUGCGAUUUUGAAGUUGACGAAAGAUUUUACAGAAACGAUGGACGAGCUCUCCAAAGGAGCCGGACCAGGAAUUAUGUUACCAUUAUUGAGAUAUGUUGGAUUUAAGGGUCUCACUCUGUGGCGCAACCACUUGGAAAAUCUGAAAGCCCUUUUCUCCUCAAUUGUACAAGAACACAAGGAAACCUACACGGAAGGUAGUCCAAGGGAUUUUGUGGACUCAUUCUUAGGCGAGAUUAAUUCCUGUAAAGAUGAGGAGUCUCCCUUCUACAAGGACGUUGGAAAUCGUCAACUCAUCGGUGUUAUCAAAGACUUGUUUGAAGCUGGGUCAGAAUCAUCAUCGACGACACUUUCUUGGAUAUUUCUCUACUUGUCGACUUUUCCUGAAGUGCAGAAAAAAUUACAGGAAGAGAUUGACACAGUGGUUGGAAAUUCUAGACAUUGCAGUUUAACGGAUCGACCGAACCUUCCCUACACCGAAUCCUUUAUCAGUGAAGCGCUUCGUUAUUCGUCCGGCGCCCCAGUCGGAGCCCCACAUCGAACUCUGACCGAUGUGACGUACAAGGGAUACGCUUUCCCGAAACAUACCGGAAUUAUGGCAAAUCAGUACGGGAUCCAUUUCAGCCCAAAGAUCUGGGGCGAUCCGAAGAACUUCCGACCAGAACGUUUUCUUAGUCCAGACGGAAAAACCUUUAAGAAACACGAAGCCCUGAUUCCAUUUUCGACGGGGAGACGACAAUGUGCCGGCGAAACGAUGGCGAGAGACACACUUUUCCUCUACACGGCUAACAUUUGCCAAAAGUUCGAAAUCAAAUUUGAUCCAAAUGAUCCCAAGGCUAAUCCUGGAUUAAAAUCGAAGCCAGGAUUCAUCCUGAGCCCGCAACAGUACACCGUCAUAUUUAAGGAUAGAUUGAAUUAGUAUCAUUUAGACUAAAUUAGGUCAUGUUAUUAAUGUAGAUAGAUGAUGGGGUGACAAAUGUGCAAAGACAAAUGUGCAAACGACUAAUGUGCAAAGACAUUUGUGCAAACGGUAAAUGUGCAACCUGACAAAUGUGCAGCCCGAUAAAUGUGCAAACGAUAAAUGU